AUGAAAUCUAUACUUAUUCCUACUUCACACUUUUGUUUCAUUCCAGCACCACUACGUGCAAGUUUGACUGAUAUCCGUCCAAAUACAAAAUGGAUGCAGAAUGGUGUCACUGUCGCUGGAGGAAAUGGACAAGGCAGUGGAAUCAAUCAACUCUGUAACCCACACGGUUUAUAUGUCGUUGAGGGUCAAACUAUUUAUAUUGCUGAUCGCGAUAACCACCGUAUUGUGGAAUGGAAAUGUGGUGCAACAACUGGUCAAGUGGUUGCCGGUGAAAAUGGAAGUGGAAAUGGAGCUUAUCAGUUAAACUACCCAUACGAUGUGAUUAUUGACAAAGAGAGAGAUAGUCUCAUUAUCUCCGAUUUCGGUAAUAAAAGAGUUGUUCGAUGGUCUCGUCGAAAUGGUACUAGUGGAGAAACUAUCAUUUCAAAUAUCUCUUGCGUCGGUUUGACAAUCGAUGAGAGUGGAUCUCUCUAUGUCGUUGACUACGGAAAACAUGAAGUGAGACGAUAUCGAAUUGGUGACACUGAACGAAUGGUGGUUGCAGGUGGCAAUGGACAAGGAAAUCGUCCAGAUCAACUCUCUUACCCCUAUUACGUAUUUGUUGAUCGAGAUCAUUCAGUGUACAUGUCUGAGUAUGGAAAUCAUCGUGUAAUGAAAUGGGAAGAAGGUGCAAAACAAGGCAUUGUCGUAGCCGGUGGUCAAGGGCAAGGAAAUAGUCUUACACAAUUGAACAGACCUCUGGGAGUCAUUGUCGAUCAAUUGGGUACUGUCUAUGUUGCUGAUCAAGGCAACCAUCGAAUCAUGCGUUGGUCAAAAGGAGCCACACAAGGAAGUGUCAUUGUUGGUGGAAACGGCGCUGGAGCACAGUCGAAUCAACUCAAUCGUCCCACAGGUUUAUCAUUCGAUCGACAUGGCAAUCUCUAUGUCGCCGAUUACGACAAUCAUCGAGUACAAAAAUUUAAUAUCGAAUAA